AUGCUAGCCUUUCCGUAUUCCGCCGCUCUACAUGUGAUUUGCCAUGGAACGUGCAGAGGCAAUGCUUCUACCGAUAUCCCCAGGAAUCAAAAGUUUGGUCCUCAUUGGCCGCCGUAUCGGAGCCGGGCAUAUUCGCCUUGUUCUAUUCCGCGUCACUGGGUAAACUCGGAAAUCUUUGGCCACCACAUCAUUCCCGCAUCAUUGUUUUCUCCGCAGAGCCACGUCAAAAGUUGUCGGGGCAUGCCGCAUUCGCAUCGGCGAUCUCCUUUCUCCAUGGGGAUACUUGGCCAGGAUAACAAGACUGUACUAAUUAGACCGUCCCGGAAUGUGCGUUGCUGCACCUUCGAGCCACUAAAAUUAUGA